AUGUUAGCAUUAGCAGCGGCAAAGAAAUGGCAUUUGAAACAGCUGGACGUUAACACUGCCUUCCUUCAUGGAGAUUUGGACAAGAAAUCUCUAUAUGGGCUUAAGCAAGCAAGCAGGCAAUGGAACAUUAAACUCACUCAGACUCUUGUGGAUGCUGGUUAUAAGCAGUUUUUUGAUGAUCAUUCACUCUUCAUUAAGAAACAAUCUCAAAGCUUCACUGCCAUUCUAGUAUAUGUUGAUGACUUGGUUUUAACCGGGAAUGACAUUGGUGAAAUCAAUUCCAUCAAGCAAGAUUUGGAUGACAAAUUCAAAAUAAAGGAUCUUGGUGAUCUCAAAUACUUCUUGGGAAUGGAAGUAGCACGCUCUAACUCUGGCAGCGGAAGCCGACCUGCAAUUGGUCUCUUCUUCUCCUCUACUUUUAAUCUGCAUCUCACUGGAUUUGCCGAUGCUGACUGGGCUACCUGUGCCGAUACUCGUCGCUCUAUUUCUGGUUAUUGCUUCAUGCUUGGGAACUCGCUCAUUAGCUGGAAGAGUAAAAAGCAAACCACAGUUGCCAAGUCCUCUGCAGAAGCUGAAUAUAGGUCUCUGUUGCCACUUGUGAAGCUAGUUGGUUAUCUUUCUUAA